AGCAACGACCGCUGAUGCGUUGAACUGACGGAGUCAUCCCAGCGACUUUUUAAAGCAAAGGAAAAUAGGCGUCGAUGGCAUUCGGCGGUCACGGCUUUACAUCCACAUUUAUUCAUUGACGUCUGUUCCGUCUUCUAAUGCAUGACGCGCUCCGCGACGCAAUAGUUUUUUUUUUCCUGUUUACAUCAUCGACGCCCCUUUCCUUUUUGUUGCUGUAACUUCCCAGGUGUCGAUGCCGCGUGAGGUGCGAUACUGUCGACCCAAGUCCCAACCCGCCGAAACGGUGCUUUCUUUCUUCGCACGCAAGUUCACGUACCUCUCCCGCGACGCGUGGAAGCAUCACCUCUCCGAAGGUCACGUCUUCAUAAACGGCGCAAUUUUGACAGAAGAGGACUACGUUCUUCAGCAAGGCGACCAACUGCGCUUUGCCCCGCCGCGCUCGCUUGAGCCGCGCGUUGACGAGGAGAACAUUCGCGUCUUAUUCGAAGAUGCUUCGUUGCUGGUGUGUGCGAAGAACGGCAAUUUGCCCGUGGCAGAAGGUGGCCGCUACUGCGAGAACACGCUGAUCGGUGUGUUGCAGCGCCGCGGGUCGGGAGCGUUUCAUACGGCCGACACGGUGGUGGGCGGUGCGGUAGCAGGUUGCGAAGCAAACAAAGUGACCUGUGAGAAGAUGCACGCAUACGUCGCUGCGGAUGCUGCGCUCACAUUAAAAGCGGCGUCAUCAAGUGAGCUACCAGACACACAUUUGAAACGCACGAGUCCAAGCGUCUCACCGUCAGCGAAGCGGUCGCGAGAGCCGACACCGCCGCACGCAGUAGCCGCUCUACCCACACAGGAGCACAGAGCGGUGCCGCCUGCUGCUCCCCCAACUCUCUUAACGGUCCAGCGAUUAGAUAAGGAGACGUCGGGCGUGCUCGUCUUGUGCAGGAACUGCAGAGCGGCGAAAGCAAUGGCUAGCCAGUUUGAAAGCCAAACACGCAAGUGCAGUGCGGCCGUAGAGGCUCGUGUGACGACGUCACGGGCAGCCUUCACAAAUGAGGACUUCGAUCGCAUUGUGCGGCAAAGCGAGAAGAGCGUGGGCAAGACGUACAUGGCGGUUCUCCUUGGUGCUGCCCCAAUCGGUGCUACCUUCGUUGUGGUGAACUACAUGGGCACCGUGGAGAGUCAUCCCGCUUACCAGCAUGAUACAGCACACAGUCAGUUAAAAAGGCUGAAAAUGUGUUGUGAGCCUCUGUUCUCUCCGUUGGCGGACUCCGAAGGCCCCAAAGAGGAUUCACUGCAACCAACGCAAUGGGGUAAGGUUGCCUGUACCCGAGUGCGCGUGUUGACAAGCAGCGAGUUGCUGGGUCUUUCCUGUGUGCAAGUGGAGCUGCUGACCGGUCGCAGCCAUCAAAUUCGUGUUCAUUGCGCCUCUCUCGGCUAUCCCAUAUUCGGCGACAAGCUCUACACCUCUGUCUCGCGUGGAAAGCCGGACGGCUGUGUUGCGGCGCCUGAUGCGGUGUAUCUGGCGCGCGUGCGCAACGAGGACGAUCCUUUUUUGCUGGUAGAGAACGGGGCGGCGUUUGGGCGGCGUGUGUGGUGCAGACGGCAUCUUCUGCACGCGACGGAGCUGCAGUUUGUGCAUCCGGAGAAGCAUCCUGCAUCGGCGAUGCGCUUUGUGGCGUCACCGGGCGAUUUUUUUACGCGUGAUGUGCGCUGGGAAUCUCCAGCGGAUUCGAACAGUUUCCAAGUCUUGCUCUCGGAAGCCUUCGAGCAAUACAGUACUGCAAACCGUGUCUCUGUGUAG